CUCUACUCCGGCGAUCCCUGCCCAAGCCACAGACGUCCUGUAGCAGCGGCUGCCUGAGUGGAGAGGGCCUGGGGAGGAGGUGCUGGCCCCAGUUGGGGCCCUUCUCCCUAGUUGGGAAUGCGCAGCUCCCGGCUGGACAGCUUCCUGGGACAGUUCCGUCUAGAGUUGCUGUGCGGGCGGGAAGAGCCGGGCUCCCCACGGAUGCAGGGUCCCUCCCAGCCACCCGCACCAGAGCCAGCCAGUGGCCCCCGGCCCUGCCACCCACCAAGAGCCUCGGAUGCUUCGGAAGCAGAUUCAGCCUGCUGCCUAGAAGAGGACGACGAGGAGGGGGCUGCACUGUCCCCCUGUGAACGCACCCUGGACUGGGACUCAGGCUACUCAGAGGUGUCAGGGAGCACCUGGCGGGAUGAGGACCGGCCAGUGCUUAGGAGGGUGGGCCGCUUACGGGGCCGGGCCAGCCCCCCACCUGGACGUCGGCCCCGCCCCAAAUCUACGUCUGACAUCUGUCUGGAGCAGUGGCGGGGACUAGAUGCCGAGGACUGGACAGCAUGUCUACUGUCCCGGAGCCGCAGCCGCCAGCCCCUGGUGCUAGGGGAUAACUGCUUCGCAGACCUGGUGGAGAACUGGAUGGAGCUGCCCGAGGCAGCGGGUGAAGGGUGCCCGGCGGCGGCCCCCCGCUGGUUGGGAAAGCCCCACCACUUCUUGCUCAACCUCUCGGACCAUCUCAGGCGCAGGCUGGGUGGGGGUGGAGGUGGGAGCGGGGGCCGGGCCCGGGGCCCCUCUGGAGCCGGGGCAGCCCCCCAGAGGAGCAGCCCGGCAGCCAUGGCUGCCAAGCGCCUGUCCUGCCCCCCUGCACCUGGGUGCCCCCUCCCCUCGCCGGACCUUGCCUCAGACUUUACCCACUUUGCUGCUCUUAUGAGGAGCCGCAGCCGCCAGCCCAUCAUUUGCAAUGAUGUCAUUGGCUACAUUUGACACCUCUUCCCUCCACCCCCAUCCCCAACCACGGACAAUAAAGGGUUUUCUAUUA